AUGAGAAUCGCUGUGAUUUGUUUUUGUCUCUUAGGCAUUGCCUACGCCCUGCCAGUUAAACACCAGGCUACUUCUGGCAGCUCAGAGGAAAAGCAGCUCAACCUCAAAUAUCCAGAUGCUGUGGCCACAUGGCUAAAGCCAGACCCAUCUCACAAGCAGGCUCUUCUACCACCACAGACUGCUGUGUCCUCUGAAGAAACAGACCUCCUUAAACAAGAGACCCUCCCAAGUCAGUCCAAUGAAAGCCCUGACCACACAGACGAUGUGGACGAUGAAGAUGACAUAGACCACGUGGACAGCAAGGACUCCACUGAGUCAGAUGACUCGGAAGACCACACGGAUGAUGAUCCCUACCACUCUGAUGAAUCUCAUCAUUCUGAUGAAUCUGAUGAACUUCCCACUGAUUCUCCCACUGAGGAUCCAUCAACUCCAGUGUUCUCACCCGCUAUGCCCACAGUAGAUCCUUAUGAUGGCCGAGGUGACAGUUUGGGCUAUGGGCUGAAGUCAAGGAGCAGACCUCAAAUCCAGUAUUCUGAUGAGACAGAGGACUUCUUCUCACACGUAAAAUCCAAAGAAUUGAAAGAUGCACACAAGAUCAUCCCUGUGGUCCAGGCCCUAAAGAAGUCUUCUGUUUGGGACAGCUACCAGCAGGACAGUCAUGAACCCAGUCAGCUGAGUGACCUCCACAGCAUGGAAACCCACAGCCAAGAGCAGUCCAAAGAAUAUACGCUGAAGACAGAUGAUGUGAGCAGUGAGCAUUCUGAUAUGCUUAAUAGUCAGGAAAUCUCCAAAUCCAACCUUGAAUUCCACAGCCAAGAAUUUCAUAGCCAUGAAGACAAGCUCCACCCGGACCCUAAGAGUACAGAAGAAGAACACCUGAAAUUUCGCAAUUCUCAUGAAUUAGAGAGUGCAUCUUCCGAGGCCAAUUAA